AUGAUAUCGAUAGCUGUCAUUCUCCUCCUCCAGGUGUACUCUGCCCAAUGCAUGGUCUCGAGUGGCCGCGCCGGUCACGGCUUUGUUGGCUAUGGCAUCUCCAUGUACGAUCCGAACUGCGCAUACUCCUGCCGCAGCGCCAUUAGCUCAAGUGCUCUCAACUGUUCGACGUAUGCCGAUGGAGCGGAGGUAGCAGAUAUGGCAGGAAUGUCGGGAAUGGGUGCUGCUUCCACCUCUGGGGGUUGUUACGCAACGGAUGACACCUUCCUACAGACACUUGCGUAUUGUAUUUCUACCCGAUGCGAUGGGAAAGUUGCAGUUUACAGACUGGAGAAAUGGUGGUUACGAAACGUUGCAGGAACAAAGGAAGUCCAACCCGACCCCAAAUACUCCUACCAACAGGCGUUGGCACGAGUAACGGAGCCUCCAACGACGACUUUGGUGAGUGGUGAUCCGUUGAAUAAGACUUCAUUAGUGAAGGAUGCCGAUUACAUAGCGGUUUUCAACGCACAAGAAAUCUUCGAAGCGCAGGAGGUCUUAUAUGAAAAAUACGGGCAAGCAAUUCUUAUUCCCAAAAUAUACACCGCAAAUGGAAAACAUGAUGAGCUCCUUACAUACGUCAGCAACCGAAUUGGUGUCCUAAGUUUCGCCAACCUCCCGCUGAUUUUCUUGUAUGCGGGACGAAACAACGUCCUACUUUGGCUUACCAACUGGUCACACUCAACCUUUAUUCUACUGCACCGCUGGAUUGCAUACAUCUCGACGCUGCAAGCCUGCAUACAUUCAGCAGUCUGGCUCCAAAACUACGUAGCUACCGGCUCCCACACUACUGAGAGUAAGCUCCAAUAUUGGUUCUGGGGAAUCAUUGCAACGCUGUCCAUGUCGAUCUUGUUACCUUCGUCAAUAAUUCCAAUUAGACAAAAGGCAUACGAAGUCUUUCUUCUUUGGCAUAUCUCGCUUUCGGUCCUCGUUAUCGCAGGUUGCUACCUCCACAUAUAUUACCGCUUCGAGAACCAGUGGGGCUAUGAACUAUGGAUCCUUAUCACAAUAGCGAUCUGGGGUUUCGACAGAGUCAUGCGCAUAUUGCGGGUUGCCCGGAACGGCAUCUGUACAGCGCAAAUCACAACCAUUGACGAAGACUACAUCCGAAUUGAUAUCAAGGGCGUGGCAUCCGGCGUGGGUCACGCAUACCUAUAUUUCCCGACUCUAACCUGGCGAGUUUGGGAAAACCACCCCUUCUCAGUGGCCUCCACCCUACUUCCCGCUCUCGAAGACUCUGCUAGUCUCAAAAAAGCCAGUGAGUCGGACUUGGAGAGUGACCGCGCACGUACCAGCGACAAGGCUUCUCCUUCAGACCAGGACAUUGACAUCAAGGAGAUAAGCUCGGGCAGCAGUAACAAAUCUAACCAUUUGCGCUUGCCUCCCAGCCUCGCCCUUUCGUUCUUUGUCCGCGCCCGUUCCGGGCUAACAACCCAAUUCCCAGCAAACGGUUCCAUUCCAGUCCUCGUCGAGUCAAUCUACGGCACAAACGAAGAUCUCUCAGGCUACCCGUCCCUUAUCUGCAUUGCCGGGGGCGUGGGCGUCACGGCUAUAAUGCCGUACCUGCAGUCGCAUCCGGGCUCCAAGAAACUCUACUGGGGUGUUCGGAACGCAGGCAUUGUUAAAACCUUGGAAAGUAGCUUCCAUGGCAUCGACAAGGAGGUGUUUGUUGGGACAAAGAUGGUCAUCAAAGAUGUUCUCGAAGAUGCAUUGGCCAAUGCUAGCCCCGAUGGAGCAGCAGUGGUAGUUAGCGGGCCCUCUUGCAUGGCAGAUGAAGUUAGAGUGCUGGUCAGUCAGAUUGGGGCGAGGGGAGGCCGCAGUAAUAUUAAGCUUGUGGAGGAGUCGUUCACCUGGUAG